AUGGUGUCUUCUCCUCAAUCAUCGUCAACUUUGGAUGCAUUAGCUCCUCCCUUCUACCCGUCCAUGACUUGGCUGCCUACAAUUACGGACGACUACUAUUUGAAGCGUCCGCAUUCACCAGGAAAGUCAGGCUUCGUUAUAGCUGACCAUGUGGAGACUUUUUUUGAAAUUCCGGAUGAGGAACUGUUUGAUCCUGCGUACUACCCACUGACCGCAACUGAGAUGCUGGAAUUAGAGCAGGUGGACGAGAUCAAUGAAAUUCUUGCCGAGCUGGAUUUGAUGGAGAGCCACCAAGAAUUGCAUUACAAGCUCAGCGAGAAGACGCGUGAUCUCCGCUCUGGAUCGGACGUGGAUGCUGAGAUUUACAGCAUGAUGGCAAAGACAUCCAAGGCGAAGAGUUAUUCUGCAAAGCCACAAAGUCAUUGUCAUAACAAAAACAACUUUUUUGCGAAGAGAAACGUACGCCCGCUAUUGCACCAACCCCGCUCGGUGAAUUAG